AUGCAUCAGCAUGAGCGGACAUUAUCCUCGGGGUUGGCGCAAUUACGACAUCAUGUCACGCGACGCUGGAACAGGAGAUUGACAAUCGCGGGUGUCGCGCUCUUCAUGACGGUGGUCUUAUGGACGUACGGCGGUUCAGCGCUGGAUAUCUCUGGAUUACCCCCGGACGAUCGACUCGCGCACAAGGAUAGCACCGAGAAGACCAGCAGCUAUCUACCACAGCCGACAGCAGGGGCGCACGCGAUCGAGAAUUGCAGAUCGGAUUGGCGGACACAAAAUCCUUCUGCCGACACCGGCUCCCAAAUCCCUCAGAAAAUAUGGCAGAUAUCGCUGUCGAAACAAUCGGCCAAGGACUCUGUCGUGGAUCCCGAAAAACUGCAAGAUACGGCCUCGUGGCUCGCGAUGAAUACGGACUAUACGUACACUCUAGUGGGCGAUAAAGGAGGCAAGGAGUUCGUAAAAAGUCGAUUUGCUGACGAACCGAAGAUCGUCGAGCUGUACAACAGCCUUCCCAACGUUGGGAUGAAGUCCGACCUUCUCCGAUACCUCAUCCUAUACGUCGAAGGGGGCGUUUACACCGAUAUCGACACCAUCGCCCUGAAGCCUAUUGAUACCUGGGUCCCACUGGAGUUGAGGGACCAAGUUCGUAUGGUCGUGGGGAUCGAGUUCGAUCGACGUGAUGGCGGUCCGUGGGCGGAUAUACCCCAUUGGCUUCAGUUCUGCCAAUGGACCAUUGCCGCGGCGCCAGGCCACCCAGUAUUCCGGAAAAUGGCUGCCCGCGCCCUCGAGUCGAUGAACGCUCUAUCGGACGAGCAUGGUAUCCCAGUUAGGAAGCUCAAGCCUACCAGUUUCGAGGUUAUGAACUCUACGGGUCCCGCCGCCUGGACGGACGUCGUUUUCGAACAACUUCAGGAGUACGAUCCAACCUUGAACACUACGAAGGACUUGUCGUUUAUGACCGAGUCGAAACUCUAUGGGGACAUAUUGGUUCUUACCAUCGACGGCUUCGGUAUGGGCCAGGCGCACUCGGAGAGCACCAACGACGGUAGCAUUCCCGAGGUUGCCCUGGCGAAACAUCUCUUCCGCGGAUCGUGGAGACACGAUAACUGA